AUGGUGCGGGUCCGAGCCGUGGUCAUGGCCCGAGAUGACUCCAGUGGGGGCUGGCUUCCUGUGGGGGGCGGGGGCCUCAGCCAGAUCACCUUGGAGUGUACCCUGAGGCCAGGCUUGGUUUAUAACAAGGUGAACCCCAUCUUUCACCACUGGAGCCUCGGUGACUGCAAGUUUGGCCUGACAUUUCAGAGUCCUGCAGAGGCUGAUGAGUUCCAGAAGAGCCUGCUGGCUGCUCUGGCGGCCCUCAGCCGAGGCUCACUCACUCCUUCCUCAUCUUCAUCCUCCUCCUCCCCUUCCCAGGACACCGCAGAGACUCCCUGCCCUCUCACGUCCCACAUAGACAGCGACUCCUCCUCCAGUCACAGCCGCCAGGAGACGCCUCCUGCCUCUGCAGCCGCCCCCAUCAUCACGGUGGAGUCAGCUUCUGCUUUCGGGCCAGCCACGUCUCCCCAACACCGGCGUUCCUCUGCUCAGAGCUAUCCUCCGCUUCUACCUUUCACAGGGAUCCCGGAGCCCUCAGAACCUGUGGCUGGGGCAGGGGGCUGGGGCGGCCGUGGCUAUGAGGAUUACCGACGCUCUGGGCCACCUGCGCCCCUCACCUUGUCCACCUGUGUCGUGCGCUUUGCCAAGACUGGCACAUUGAGGGGCGCAUCUCCAGGUCCCCCAGUGUCACUACCUGCUCCUCUCGCCGAGGCUGUACCCCCAGCACCCCCGGCUCGCCCACCCCCAGGUCCUGGACCCACUCCUGUGCCAGCCAAGGCCUCUCCAGAGGUGGAGGAGGCUGCGCGCUGUGUCCACUGCCGUGCGCUCUUCCGUCGGCGUGCAGAUGGUCGCGGUGGCCGCUGCGCAGAGGCUCCGGACCCGGGCCGCCUGCUGGUGCGUCGGCUCAGCUGCCUGUGGUGCGCCGAGAGCUUGCUCUACCAUUGCCUGUCGGACGCCGAAGGUGACUUCUCGGACCCCUGUGCCUGCGAGCCGGGCCACCCACGCCCUGCUGCGCGCUGGGCUGCGCUGGCCGCGCUGUCCCUGGCCGUGCCCUGCCUCUGCUGCUAUGCGCCCCUGCGCGCCUGCCACUGGGUCGCCUCCCGGUGUGGCUGUGCCGGCUGCGGAGGACGCCACGAGGAGGCUGCGCGGUGAGGAAGUGACAGUCCUGAUGUGGGGUCCGGCAGCCGGAUGGAGGACCUCCCUCCUAAAGCAAAUGGAGGCUUCAGAACUUUUUUUAAAAAAUCGAAAUCCCCAAACCUUAGGGCACAUCCCAAAAUUUGGAGCUUUGAGUUUGGAUUGACCUGGAAUUUGGGACCCCAAACCUAGGAUUGAGAAACCGAGAAACACUCGCUCCCCACCCCCACCCCCAUUCCUGCUUCCCCAGCCCUGUCAAACAUACCCAGGCAUCCUGAAUUCUGCAUUCCCCAUUCUUCUUGUCCAUUGAUGGAUCUCCUGACAUCUCCCAAAUUGUAUCUCAGAGGGCCUUGCGGGGCACCCAGAACCCCUAAGAGAUGUGGGGACCUGGAACCCAGAAUCUUUGUCUAUGUGACCAACCACAGACCCUGAUUACACCUCACUGUAAAUCCUCAGCUUACAGUCCCAGAGUUAGGGGUUGCCAAUAACAAACCACUCCCAGACCUUGAAAUUGGAGGGCCCAGAAUUACCCCCAAAAUAAUCCCUGAAUAUUCUGAGACUAGUGUUACCCCUAUCUAAUAUGCCUCUUAACGUUCCCAGGACCUCCGAGACACCAAACCUCUCCUGGGUUUGGUGGUAACAGGCUGGAAUCCCUAAAUGCUGGCCCCAAGUCUACCCAACUUUUGAAUGCCUACCAACCUGGCCAUCAUUUUGGGAUAGCAGUAUUUAAGAAGUCUAAGUGACCCCCAGAUACUGAAGUGUUUUCUGACCAAAAUGGCCCCAGGAGUACCAGCCCAGGACUCUGCAUAGGCCCACCUGUCCCUAAGCCAGUGCUCUUGGAUCAUAUGUUUGGACUGUGAGGUGUCUGUUACUCCCCCCCCCCCCCAGGUGUGUGACUGGGGGCCACUGCCUCCUUAGAGCCCACAAUCCUGGUCUCAAGUCCUCCAGUAAUCCUCUUCUAGUCCCCCCUUUGGACCUAGAUUUUGAGAUCCAAAAUGUCCUGGAAUCAUUGAUCACCUCCUACUCUCGGUUCCCUAGUCCCCUAAAGGCCAGGUUGGGAGUCCAGCUCCAGAAAGCUGGGUGGCAAUGGCCACUCAGACCUCUGGUCCCUCAGUGACUCCAAGGUGCUUUAAGAGCCCUGGACCCAAGAUUCCAAGGUGCCAUUGACACCCCCAGAUGCAGGGCUCAGCACUAUAAUACUAGGAUUGUUGCUGAUGCAGGACCUUGUUCUCCAUCCCAGAGACCUACAGAUCUGAGCUGCUCAGGCUCCAGAUUCCUUUGGAUUUAAAUUCUAACCUGGAAAUGGGUCCUGCUGUGAAUGAAAACGAUAGCCCCUGGUAUUCUACCAUUCCAUAGAUCCCUGAAACUCCAAGGUCUCAGGCCCUGGAAUUCUUGUCUCCAGGACCCCAGCCCCCACCCCAGCAAUCCUCAGAAUUACUCUUUAUAUUCCCCUCUGCCCUUAUUUUUUAAUGGUCUGAGACUAGGACUUGAACUCAGUACCUGACACUUUCUCUCAUUGGCUCAUGCUCUACCAACUGAGCUACACUUCCAAUCUCAUCCAACCCCUCUUUGUCCUAACUUAGAUUCCAGGAGCUCUGCACUCCCACCUUUCAUGGUCUGCCCUUCCUACAGAGGGUUAUGCAAGCUGUUUGUUAAACAAAGACCCACAAUUAUGACGAUGACCACAGGGCUUUAUUGUUAUCUGGUAGCCUCAGAAAAGGCCUGCCUUUUAAACUUUUUUU